GAGAGAUUGAGAACUAGAGCUUCAUUCCUCUACAGCAGCGCCUCAGUAUCUGCAGUCUACCCCUUAGUUCCUCAAGGCUUCCCGCAUUAUCACCUGUCCCAACCCACUAUUUUUUUUUUUUUUUUUAAAUUCUUUUUUUGUUGUUGUUUGUUUGUUUGAGGAUUUGUUUCAUGCCAGUAACUCGUCUCUUUCCACACCAUCUAAGUUUUUCCCUCUCGACGUCUUGGAUUCAACCAAGGCAGAGCGAAGACGACUGAUCGCAAGUGGCUGCAGGUGUGAACCCCGGCCGCGGAGAGAAUGUCCCUGCAGGAGGUAAACGUAAGCUUGUCGGAGGCGUCCGGCUUCUUGGAGCAAUGGAAUAUUAGCGUGGAAUUGCCCGGCUUGAAUGUGAGCUGGACAAACCGUUCGGACCUCCCUAAAACCACAAACCGACCCAAAGAGAUGGACACACUGCGCAUUGUGCUCUACAUACUCAUCUUCCUCCUCAGCGUGUUUGGCAACCUGCUCAUCAUCAUUGUCCUGAUUCUCAACAAGCGCAUGAGAACGGUCACCAACUCCUUCCUGCUGUCACUUGCUAUCAGUGACGUGAUGAUGGCCAUCUUUUGUAUGCCCUUCACGCUCAUCCCCAACAUCCUGGAGGACUUUAUCUUCGGGGCGGCCAUGUGCAAGACCGUCGCCUACUUUAUGGGGCUCUCAGUGAGCAUCUCAACCUUCAGCCUGGUUGCUAUUGCCAUCGAGCGAUACAGUGCCAUCUGCAACCCGCUAAAGUCCAGAGCGUGGCAAACUCGUUCCCACGCAUACCGCGUUAUCGCAGCCACCUGGGUGCUCUCUCUCCUUAUCAUGAUUCCCUAUCCAGUAUUCAGCAUCAUCAGGACUUUCCCCAAAGCCAACGGCACCACUGGCCACAUGUGCCGCCUCACCUGGCCCAGUCACCAUGCAGAGCAAAGCUGGUAUGUGCUCUUGCUCCUUAUUCUUUUCUUCAUUCCUGGAGUGGUGAUGGCAGUAGCCUACGGGUUGAUCUCAAGAGAGCUUUACCGGGGCAUGCGCUUUGAAAUGAAGCAGAAUGAAACCGAGACUACUGAACUGCGAAAUGGUACCGUUGCGGAACCAAACGACGGGGAUGAUGAUGGUUGCUACGUUCAAGUUUCCCAAAAGGCCUCCUCUGGCGUCGAGCUCCCAACACUCCCAACAUCAUCGUCAUCCGUAACAGCUUCUUCUGCUGCCACCACAGCGCCCAAGACUCAGCACUCUCGCAGCAACGUCUCCAAGGCCAAGUUAGAGGCCAAAAAGCGCGUUAUUCGGAUGCUGUUGGUGAUUGUGGCACUCUUCUUCAUUUGCUGGAUGCCGCUGUACAUUGCCAACACCUGGAAGGCUUUUGACGUGAAGGCAGCCUCCAGAGCGCUCACAGGGAUCCCCAUUUCGUUCAUCCAUUUGUUGUCCUACACCUCUGCCUGCGUCAACCCCGUUAUAUACUGCUUCAUGAACACCCGUUUCCGCAAGGCUCUUCUGUCUACCUUUGCUUGCCUCUGUCGCAACCCUCUGUGUCGCAGGUGCUGCCCAUCCCUUCUCGAAGCUGGAGAGGAGGGCACCACCGCAGGUUAUUCAAUGGCCCCCACCAUAGCAACUUCGGUGUCAAAGUACAGCUAUACCACCGUCAGUUCUACACCCACUUGAUGAGCUGCCGCUACAGCAUUACUCUGUGCAGGCUUUCACGUCCUUUUACUUUUCAUUCUUCGUUCUUAAAUGCAUUGAGUCUUGUGUUGAUCAAUGCCAUUUUUCCAUUUCAUAGUUUGUUGUAGAAUGUUAGACGGAUGAAUGCUCCUAUUCAAUAGGCAACAAUUGCUUUGUAUCAUCCUGAAGAGAAGUGCCUGACAUUUUUGAGGGCAAAAUAAAAUGAAACUUUAUUUUAUAUUAUUAUUUUUUUAAUGGAUUUUUUUUUUUUUUGCACCAAACCAUUAUACUAGAAUAGCCAAAAUGGAUCUACUGAGGGACUAACCUUGAUACAGGCCUUGUUUGGAAAUCUGUAGCCUCUCCUGUUGGACACUGGGCAAAAGACAGACUAUACGCUGAAGUGGUUGCCAGUCUGUUUGGAAUUCGUCUGUCAUGAACUGUACAAAAGUUAGCUAUGUGAAACACAACACUACCAGCAGCCUUUCAAUGUUUUUGACUACUCAAUAUUUGUAUUUCUCGUUGCUUGUAGAUGAGGUUCAUAACUGCAGACAUUAACUAACAGCAACUUUGCCUUAUGUCCUAACAUGUUAACAGCUUGCAUUGAACCAAGCUGCAUUGUUUCUCCCGUGCUCUGAGUAGCAUGAGCAAUUCAGUGAGGAAUAAUCCAUCUGGAAAAUAACAAUUGCACAUGCUUCAAUGCAAAACUGCUGUAUUUAGCCUGAUUAGCUUUCUCUUGUCCACUCUCUGCCUUGGGCCCUUGAAGCCCAAUAUACUGACAACACAAACACGCUUUGCUCACCACAUUUGUUUGUCUCGGCAAAGAUUUUGGGCCUCAUUCACUAAAAGUGAGUACGCACAAAUUUGCGCAUAAGACAGCACCUAGUAUAAAUUACGUUCAUGUGAAAGACUGUUGCUCAAAGCAGUUAACUACAAAAACAUGAUAUCCUUAGACCUCUGAUAACGGAGAAAACAAUAGUUAAACCCAAGCAGGAACUUAGUUUGACAGAGCAGUCAUUGCUGUGUACAUGAAUGUUGACUGUGAUGUCUGUUAUACCUACACUUUUACGUGCUAGAAGUAAAUCAUGGGCUGCCAGACAAAACAAAACGCAUAUCAAUGACAAAUAAUCAGACUUUGUCUUCGUAAUACAACAACAGCAAGUGUUGUUGGCCAACAGCACAAAAACACUAAUAGACUCCAACACAGGUAAAGAUUCUUUUUCUGUUUUUCUUGCUAAAUAUGAAUAAAAUGACUAUGAUUGUAAUAGCUCACCUGUAAACAGUGUUAAGUCCCUAUAUCACCAAGAAACAAUGGGUAGUACUGAAGCCACAAUGUAUUUGGAUUGGCUUGGCUAAAACAACAUCCAUCCAUUAUCUUCUGCUUAGUCCGGGGUCGGGUCGCGGGGGCAGCAGCUUUAGCAGGGAAGCCCAGACUUCCCUCUCCCCAGCCACUUCAGCCAGCUCCUCCGGCGGGAUUCCAAGGCGUUCCCAGGCCAGCCGAGCAACAUAGUCUCUCCAGCGUGUCCUGGUUCGACCCCGGGGCCUCCCGCCGGUGGGACAUGCCCGGAACACCUCUCCAGGGAGGCGUCCAGGAGGCAUACGAACCAGAUGCCCGAGCCACCUCAACUGGCUCCUCUCAACGCGGAGGAGUAGCGGCUCGACACCAAGCCCCUCCCGGAUGACCGGGCUUCUCACCCUAUCUCUAAGGGAGCGCCCGGACACCCUGCGGAGGAAACUCAUAUCGCCCGCUUGUAUCCGGGAUCUUGUUCUUUCGGUCACGACCCACAGCUUGUGACCAUAGAUGAGGGUAGGAACAUAGAUCGACCGGUAAAUCGAGAGCUUAGCCUUUUGGCUCAACUCCUUCUUCACCACAACGGACCGGUGCCGAGUUCGCAUCACUGCAGACGCUGCACCGAUCUGCCUGUCAAUCUCCCGCUCCCUCCUACCCUCACUCGUGAACAAGACCCCAAGAUACUUGAACUCCUCCACUUGGGGCAGGAUCUCAUCCCCGACCCGGAGAGGGCAUGCCACCCUUUUCCGGCUAAGGACCAUGGUCUCGGAUUUGGAGGUGCUGAUCUUCAUCCCAACCGCUUCACACUCGGCUGCGAACCGCCCCAGUGAGAGUUGGAGGUCACGGCUUGAUGAAGCCAACACACCACAUCAUCUGCAAAAAGCAGAGGUGCAAUGCUGAGGCCACAAAACCGGACACAUUCAACGCUUCGGCUGCGCCUAGAAAUUCUCUCCAUAAAAAUUAUGAAAAGAAUCGGUGACAAAAGGUAGCCUUGGCGGAGUCCAAUCCUCACUGGGAACGAAUUCGACUUACUGCCGGCAAUGCGGACCAGAUUCUGACACCGGUCGUACUGGGAUCGAACAGCCCUUACCAAGGGGCUUGGUACCCCGUACUCCCGGAGCACCCUCCACAGGACUCCCCUAGGCACACGGUUGAACGCCUUCUCCAAAUCCACAAAACACAUGUAGACUGGUUGGGCAAACUCCCAUGCACCCUCGAGGACCCUGCCGAGGGUGUAGAGCUGGUCCACUGUUCCACGGUCGGGACGAAAACCACACUGCUCUUCCUGAAUCAGAGAUUCGACUCCCCGACGGACCCUCCUCUCCAGCACCCCUGAAUAGAUUUUACCGGGGAGGCUGAGGAGUGUGAUCCCUCUAUAAUUGGAGCACACCCCCACCUCCCCGGUCUGCCAAUCCAGAGACACUGUCCCCGAAGUCCACGUGAUGUUGUAGAGGCGUGUCAGCCAUGACAGCCCCACAACAUCCACUGCCUUUAGGAACUCCGGGUGGAUCUCAUCGACCCCCGGGGCCUUGCCACCAAGGAGCUUUCUAACAACCCCAGUGACUUCAACCCCGGAGAUUGGAGAGCCCACCUCGGAGUCGCCAGACUCUGCUCCCUCAGAGGGAGGCGUGUCGGUGGAAUUGAGGAGGUCUUCGAGUAUUCUCCCUACUGACUCACGACGUCCCAAGUUGAGGUCAGCAGUGCCCCAUCUUCACUAUACACAGUGUUAAUGGUGCACUGCUUUCCUCUCCUCAGACACCGAAUGUUGGACCAGAAUUUCCUCGAAGCCGUCCGGAAGUCGUUUUCCAUGGCCUCGCCAAACUCCUCCCAUGUCUGAGUUUUUGCCUCGGCGACCGCCGAAGCUACAGUCCGCUUGGCCAGUCAGUACUUGUCAGUUGCCUCCGGAGUCCCACAGGCCAAAAAGGCCCGGUAGGCCUCCUUCUUCAGCUUGACGGCAUCCCUUACAGCUGGUGUCCACCAGCGGGUUUGGGGAUUGCCGCCACGACAGGCACCAACUACCUUACGGCCACACUUCCGAUCGGCCGUCUCAACAAUGGAGGUCCGAAACAUGGCCCACUCGGACUCAAUGUCCCCCACCUCCCCCGGGACAAGGGAGAAGUUCUGCCGGAGGUGGGUGUUAAAGCUCUUUCUGACAGGGGAUUCUGUCAGACGUUCCCAGCAGACCCUCACAAUACGUUUGGGCCUACCAGGUCUGGCCAGCAUCUUCCCGAGCCAUCGGAGCCAACACACAACUAGGUGGUGAUCAGUUGACAGCUCCGCCCCUCUCUUCACCCGAGUGUACAAAACAUGCGGCCGCAAGUCCGAUGACACGAUUGCAAAGUCGAUCAUGGAACUGCGGCCGAGGGUGUCCUGGUGCCAAGUGCACGUAUAGAUACCCCUAUGUUUGAACAUGGUGUUCAUUAUGAACAAACCUUGACGAGCACAGAAGUCCAAUAACAGAACACCACUCGGGUUCUGAUUGGGGGGGGGGGCGUUCCUCCCAAUCACGCCCCUCCAGGUCCCACUGUCAUUGCCCACGUGAGCGUUGAAGUCCCCCAGAAGAACGAGGGAGUCCCCAGAGGGGGCGCUUUCCAGCACACCCGCCAAGGACUCCAAAAAGGGUGGGUAUUCUGAGCUGCUGUUCGGUGCAUAAGCGCAAACAACAGUCAAAACCCCAACCCCACCCGAAGGCGGCGGGAGGCUACCCUCUCGUCUACUGGGGUAAACCCCAACGUACAGGCGCCAAGCCGGGGGGCAAUAAGUAUGCCCACACCUGCUCGGUGUGGAAGAGAGUCCAGCCCCUCUCGAGAGGAUUGGUACCAGAACCCAAGCUGUGUGUGGAGGAGAGUCCGACUAUAUCUAGUCGGAACUUCGCUGCCUCACACACCAGCUCGGGCUCCUUCCCUGCCAGAGAGGUGACAUUCCAUGUCCCAAGAGUUAGCUUCUGCAGCUGGGGGUCAGACCGCCAAGGCCCCCCGCCUUUGGCUGACGCCCAACUCCCUAUGCACCCGACCCCUUUGGCCCAUCCCACAGGUGGUGAGCCCAUGGGAAGGGCAACCCAUGUUGCCUUUUCUGGCUGUGCCCAGCCGGGCCCCAUGGGGACAGGCCCGGCCACCAGACGCGUGCCUUCGAGCCCCACCUCCAGGCCUGGCUCCAGAGGGGGGCCCCGUUAACCCGCGUCAGGGCAAAGGAAACUUGAGUUCAUUUGUUUUACUCAUCAUAGGUGUCCUUUUGAGCCAUGCUUUGUCUGGCCCCUCACCUAGGACCUGUUUGGCAUGGGUGUCCCUGCCAGGGGCUUAAAGCCCCAGAAAACAUAGCUCCUAGGAUCAUUGGGACACGCAAACCCAUCCACCCCGAUAAGGGGAUGACUCACGGAGGGUAAAACAGAAGGAAUUAAAAUGAACACGCCUGCUUGGAGUGGUCAUGUCCAGGAAAUACUGGCUUUUAUUGUUUUCUUCCCUAUUACGCUUGAGAAAACGAUUUGUUUUUCCAAUUAAACACUUUUCUGCUGGUGUACAUAGGAUGCAGGUGUUGUCUUAUCCUUCAAAUUUGUGAUUCAUCUAUACCUUCAUAUUUGAAACUGUGUGUACUUGGCAAACAAAUGUUGACCUCUCUCAAACCGUGACCAAUUACUGGCUUUAGGGACCCAAGAAAGACUAAGUCUUUAAGUCUUGAAAGUACAGCAUGAAGUUUUAAUGAUAAUUUCAAAUUGAGGAUUUGCUUGUUCCGCUUAUGUGCCGUACUGUAUGUGUGUGUAUCCGCGUAAAUGCGAGUAUUUUUCACGUAAAUCUGACUAGUGACUUCGUCAUGUUUUGUCGCUUCCAUCGUUAAGGUCAUCAAUAUUGCGAACUACAAAUACCUCUUUGCUGCUCUGUACUGUAUGUAUGUUUGUAUUUCCACUACUUGGGCAGUGUUUCUUCAUAUGUUACUUUUUGUUCUAUAUAUUUUUGUGCCACAUGCUCUAAAUUAACUUUGGAAUUCAUAAUGAUUGAUUCUUUGCUCAGCAAGCUUUCCAAUGCCAAUUAAUUAAAAAAAAAAAAAACUUGGAGUAAUCUUGCAGCACAGCUUAAAGUUUCUUUACAUUGGUGAAAUGGGUCAAAUUUACACACUAAUGUGGAAACGGUUAUGAAAAAUUGCAGCUCAUGGCCACACCCUCAUUUAGAAUGAAUUCUGAUUCAAUCAUGUGUAAAGGGAAUUGCCUGGUAUACGAACAUCACUAAUAAGAAUUUUUAGUAAUAUAGCGAAAGCACAACAUGCGCAGAGAGUAAGAACUUCCUACAUUAUCAUUUGUUAGUGAGUGAGCCCUAUAGAGCCUCCCUCUUAACCUUUAGAUCCGUUUGUUGACAAUGUCAGAGUCGAGAUGAAAAGAUGCUUCUUUAGGUAAAGGACAGCCUUGUUUUUAAUCAAUUCAACGGCACUUUCAGUUAAAUUGCUGGUGCAAGGGAUAGUAUUGUUGAACCUUUUUGAUAGCCUGUUGAUGAUGUUGUGGUGAAUGUGAAAGGUUGGUCGGGAUUACCAUUUACAAAGGUGUGUUAAAAUCUGCAUUCCUAAACAUUUUAAAAUGACAAUACCCUUCUACACUGCUGACCCAAAAAAGUAUUGGCACCCCUGCAAUUCUGACAGAUAAUGCUCAGUUUCUCCCAGAAAAUGAUUGCAAUUACAAAUGCUUUGGUAGUAAUAGCUUCAUUUAUUUUGCUUGCAAUGAAAAAACACAACGAAAAAAUAAAUCAUUAUCAUUUACACAAAACUCCAAAAAUGGGCCGGACAAAAGUAUUGGCACCCUCAGCCCAAUACUUGGUAGCACAACCAUUAGACGAAAUAACUGCAAAAACCCGCUUCCGGUAUCCAUCAAUAAGUUUCUUACAGUUUCUUCCUUUUCUUUGAAGCUGUCGUUUUUUUCCCCCUGUAAACUCUAUGUUGAUGCCUUUCCCCAAAAAGCUUUAACUUUGUCUCAUCUGACCAGAGAACAUUCUUCCAAAAUGUUUUUGGCUUUCUCAGGUACGUUUUGGCAGACUCCAGCCUGGGUUUUUUAUGUCUCUGGGUCAGAAGUGGGGUCUUCCUGGGUAUCCUACCAUAGAGCCCCUUUUCAUUCAGAUGCCGACCGAUAGUAUUGUUGACACUGUUGUACCCUUGGACUGCAGGUCACCUUGAACUUGUUUGGAUGUAAGUCGAUGUUCUUUAUCCACCAUGCGCUCACUCUUUCGUUGAAAUCUCGUCAAUUUUUCUUUUCCGUCCACAUCUAGAGAGGGUAGCCACAGUGCUAUGGUCUUUACACUUAUUGAUGACACUGCGCACGGUAGACACAGGAACAUUCACGUCUUUGGAGAUGGACUUGUAUCCUUGAUAUUGCCCAUGCUUUCUCACAAUUUUAUUUCUCAAGUCCUCAGACAGUUCUUUGGUCUUAUUUCUUUUCUUCAUACUCAAUGUGGUACACACAAGGACACUGGACAAAGGUUGAGUCAACUUUAAUCCAUUUUAACUGGCGGCAAGUGUAAUUUAGUGAUUGCCACCACCUGUUACGUGCCAGAGUUAAUUAACAGGAGCUGGUAAUUACACAAAUUAGAGAAGCAUCACGAUUUUUCAAAGGGUGCCAAUUAGGGUUGUUCCGAUCAUGUUUUUUUGCCUCCGAUCCCGAUCGUUUUAGUUUAUCUGCUGAUCCCGAUAUUUCCCGAUCCGAUUGCUUUUUUUUUUUUGCUCCCGAUUCAAUUCCAAUCAUUCCCGAUAAUUUUUCCCGAUCAUAUACAUUUUGGCAAUGCAUUAAGAAAAAAAUGAAUAAAACUCGGACGAAUAUAUACAUUCAACAUACAGUACAGAAGUACUGUAUUUGUUUAUUAUGACAAUGAAUCCUCAAGAUGGCAUUUACAUUAACAUUCUUUCUGUGAGAGGGAUCCACGGAUAGAAAGACUUGUGACUGUAUAUUGUGACUAAAUAUUGCCAUCUAGUGUAUUUGUUGAGCUUUCAGUAAAUGAUACUGCAGCCAUGCCCCAAUGCAUGAUGGGAAGUGGAACCAUGAUGGGAAGUAAAACCAUGACUGUGCGUCGUGCUACCAACGGAUAUAUCUUCUCUGCUUUGGGAAAUAAGGUGUUAAGACAAAGAUCAGUUGCCACCUUGCUUCCCCACAUUGCUUCCCAUGAUAUUUCAAAUCAUAGGGAGAGGGAUUGCAAAGUAUUAGCCAAUGCACUCUACUCAUUUUGCGCUGCCUUUUAUCUCUCUAUAUGGGUAGAACGGCGUCAUUACAGAUUGAGCGCGACAAUAAGUGAGAAGGUCGCGCAGCGCAAAUAUUAUUAGUGUUGAAUAUUAAACGUGACACAUUACUUAAUAAAAUAAUUGCCGGCAUUAUCGGGAUAUUUUUGAUAACCCUACCUUAAGCCUAAAUUAAAGACUCUGGAUGAGUGUAACUUAUUAUGUCUGUAACGUUAAAUACAAUUAGAAAACGAUUUAAUUAAAGAAGAAAUAUAUAUAUUAAAAAAAGGCAUGGCCGAUAUUUUUUUGCUGAUUCCGAUACUUUGCAAAUGACGUGAUCGGACCCGAUCAAUCGGGACAUCUCUAGUGCCAAUACUUUUGUCCAGCCCAUUUUUCGAGUUUUGUGUAAAAUGAUAAUGAUUUAACAAAACAAAAAAAAUCCCAUUCUCUUUUGUGUUUUUUCAUUGCAAGCAAAAUAAAUGAAGAU